GUGAUGGCAUCCUCUGCUCCAUCCUCCUCCAACGCCAAUCAGGACUCCAACCCCACUAAUUUACGACCCACAACUUACGACACCUGGUGUGAUGUGGCUCAUGGAUGUACCAGAAAAAUUGGUCUCAAAAUAUGUGGGUUCUUGCAAAGGAACAACAGCCUGGAAGAUAAGAGCCGGAUUGUGAGCUCUCUCAAAGAAAGGCAAUCUUCCAAGAACCUGCUGGCUUGUGAGAACAGCGAGAGGGAAGCCAGGUUCAGGCGGGCCGAGACAGACUUCUCCAAUUUAUUUGCUAGAGAUUUGCUGCCUGCCAAGAAUGGCGAGGAGCAGACCAUGCAGUUCCUGCUGGAGGUGGUUGACAUUCUCCUGAACUACGUGAGGAAGACGUUCGACAGGUCCACCAAAGUCCUGGACUUCCAUCACCCGCACCAGCUGCUGGAAGGGAUGGAGGGCUUCAACCUGGAGCUCUCGGACAACCCCGAGUCCCUGGAGCAGAUCCUGGUGGACUGCAGGGACACGCUGAAGUACGGAGUCAGGACAGGUCAUCCUCGUUUUUUCAACCAGCUCUCCACUGGACUGGAUAUUAUUGGCUUGGCUGGUGAAUGGCUGACAUCAACUGCAAAUACUAACAUGUUUACAUAUGAAAUUGCACCUGUUUUUGUCCUCAUGGAGCAAAUAACGCUUCGAAAGAUGAGAGAGAUUAUUGGCUGGUCAAAUAAAGAUGGUGAUGGAAUAUUCUCACCUGGAGGGGCUAUAUCCAAUCUGUACAGCGUCAUGGCUGCUCGCUACAAGUAUUUCCCUGAAGUCAAAACUAAAGGCAUGGCUGCAGUUCCUAAACUGGUUCUUUUCACUUCGGAACAUAGUCACUACUCAAUAAAGAAAGCUGGGGCUGCACUUGGGUUUGGAACAGAAAAUGUGAUUUUGAUAAAAUGCAAUAAAAGAGGGAAAAUAAUACCAGCUGAUUUUGAAGCCAAAAUUCUGGAAGCUAAGCAAAAGGGACAUGUUCCACUUUAUGUAAAUGCAACCGCAGGCACAACAGUGUACGGGGCCUUUGAUCCAAUAGAGGAGAUUGCAGACAUUUGUGAAAAAUAUAACCUCUGGCUCCAUGUAGAUGCUGCUUGGGGAGGUGGACUUCUAAUGUCCAGGAAGCAUCGUCAUAAGCUGAAUGGAAUAGAAAGAGCCAAUUCGGUCACAUGGAAUCCACACAAGAUGAUGGGAGUUUUGUUACAAUGUUCGGCCAUUCUGAUUCGGGAAAAGGGUAUACUUCAAGGUUGCAAUCAGAUGUGUGCAGGAUAUCUAUUCCAGCAAGAUAAACAAUAUGAUAUAUCCUAUGACACUGGAGAUAAAGCAAUACAAUGUGGUCGUCAUGUGGACAUUUUCAAAUUCUGGUUGAUGUGGAAAGCUAAGGGUACAGUGGGAUUUGAAAAUCAGAUCAACAAAUGUCUGGAAUUGUCAGAGUACCUCUAUACUAAAAUUAAAAACAGGGAAGAAUAUGAGAUGGUUUUUGAUGGAGAGCCUGAACACACAAAUGUAUGUUUCUGGUACAUUCCUCCGAGUCUCAGGGGCAUACCAGACUCUGAGGAGAGAAGAGAAAAGCUACAUAGGGUGGCACCGAAAAUCAAAGCUCUGAUGAUGGAGUCAGGUACCACAAUGGUUGGAUAUCAGCCACAGGCAGAUAAAGUCAACUUCUUCCGAAUGGUUGUCUCAAACCCGGCGGCAACUAAGUCUGACAUUGACUUCCUCAUUGAAGAAAUAGAAAGAUUGGGGCAGGAUCUGUAA